CCUUCAGAACUCUUGCGUAGUGCCUUUUAGUCUGUCCAGAAAUAUGUCAAGAUCUUUCGAGAGGAAAACAUACUGAAUUUCCGCCCAUGAAUUAGAUUUAUAGAGCUCAAAACACACAGUUAACUUGAACUGUGACUCUUUGUUCCUGCAAAGGGACUGAGAUUUAAGGAAAGCCUGCCAACUCCCCUGUGGGCGACGAAUACUUUCAGAUUCUGGCAUUUCUGAAACUCAACACUGAUUGGUCAGGGAACCUCUGAUGUAGGGGUUCAGCCCAUUCAGUCCUGGCUGAGGGAAGUGUUUGUGGAUUUUUAGGACCGUAAGCUCACUCAAAUGUUCACAUUCACAUUCGCACCAACAAACAACGGCCCCUUGGAUUUGCUCUGUAAGGUCAGCAUGAGUUAUCCGCUGCUGAUUCUGUUCUGUGUGGGACUGCUGCACCAAAAUGCAAGGGCCGUCCUCAUGGAUAAACUAGCAGACAGCAAGCUUUGUGGAGAUGCCGAGUGCUCAUAUACUCUCUCCAUGGCCACGGUGUUGGACGACUUCAUGGCUCCUGACUGCAGAUUCAUCAACCUUAAGAAGGGCCAGAUGGUUUACGUGUAUUCUAAACUCAUACCAGAGGAGGGCACCGGAGUCUUCUGGUCUGGAAGUGUGUACAGUGAGCGAUAUGUGGACCAGAUGGGCAUCAUUGGGUACUUCCCCGCUACUGUGGUGAAGGAGACACACAAGUUUGCAACAGACACGGUUAAGAUGCAAACAACUGACAUUGACUUCUUCUGUGAGUAAUGGACGGCAGACCGAAACAUCGUUCCCCUUCCGGCUUUCUCAUUGCAACUGUGGCUUCUAUAUGACAUCAAACAGUUGUUCUGCUGUGCUUGUGUGUCGGAUUUUGUGCCAUUACGUCUUGUUGCAUUAUCCUCAGCUGGAUUCUCUCAGCCCUCCACGGCUCUGACACCUCUGCUGUUCAGUCAGUGAUAGCUAUCUGCAUUUCUUCAUAUUUUCCUCAAUAAACCAUGUCAAUCCAAAA